AUAAAAUGUUGCAAAUUGAAAUGUGUUUGGUGUGUGAAGGCUGGGGAGUAACUUGACUAGAAAGGAGAACAACCCCCCAGUUUUUUAAGCAUUUUAACUACGAAAUUGCAAGUCCACAACCCUCCCUUAUUCAAACACUAGUCAGAAAUCCUAUUACAAACUUAAGCAUCAUGCCUACUACCCCUAUUACCCUCAAACCAGAUGGUCUUACCGAUGAAAAUGGCCAUUCUUUAUUGACUCAUCUAGAGGUCCAGAAACUCCUCAGAUAUGUUGUAAGUCUAUCUUGACUCUCAUAUUGUGCUUUGCUUGACUCCCAAUAUACAUCCUUGGGAAAUAGGAAUGAUGUUUUGUGAAUUUUGUCUUUACUUUACAAGAGAAUACUGAUUUAAAUCUCAUAGUGGACUGGAGCCUUUCUUUCUACAACCAAAGAGGAAUAUAUGAACCACACAAACAUUCAAACAGACGAUUACAAUCGUCUAAAGGAAUAUAUUGACCCCCUUCUAUUAGUUCACGCUACUGUAAGUAUAAUUUAACAUUCGAAUUCAAGACCACUAACAGUCCAAAGUGCAAAGAUCAUUGUGUAGUCUUCAAAAGAGACACUUACCCAACCAUCGUUGACUUGGCCAAUUCUACAUACACCCUCGCGCAGAAAGCGGGCGGUACAGCAGCCGGCUCAUACUAUGCAAACAUACUUAGAGAUGGAGGAAUCCUUUUUGAAGAGUUGGGCAAAGACCUCGCCGAUCAAGACCAAACGCUCAUCACCAACAAGCGAAAAGUAAUCAAUGCUCUCGUUGACAGGCAAGUUGCUGGAAUUACCAAGCUUCAGACAGAUGCUGCAAAUGUUAAAACAUCUUUAUUGGAAUUCGAAGAGCAGCUCAGGAGUGAUCAAAAGGCUCUCAAGGAAAAAGACAAAACUAUUACUGACAAACUAACUGCGGAAGGUGGAGAUAUUGAUACACUCACGACUGCUAUCGCCAGCAAAACCACGGAAAUAACGGAAGAACAAGAUGAAUAUGAGCAAGGUGAGUCUCAAUCUAUUCUAGACAUCAUCCAAAAGGACAAUGACGAACGAGUACUAGACAUUAUAAUUGCUGCAACAACCGUCACUUAUGCCUCCGUGUAAGUUCUAUUACCUCUUAUAGAACUCCCUCUGUCAUUCAAAAAUCCCUUAUCUAAUUAAAUAACCGUACAGAUUUCCAAUCGGUACCAUUUGUGCAGCAGUGGUUCUUGGUGUUUACAUAGAGAGAGCAGUCGUAAUGAAGGCAAAAGUUGAUGCCUUGAAGACAAUUCUUCAGAAUGAGAAGGAUGAACUUGCUGCUGACAACAUGCUGGUGGCUGGUCUCAAACUUAUGGAUGUAAUUAUGAAAUCUCCAUCAACCGUUCUUUUUUUUUUUCAUUUACUAAACUCUCUUGUCUGUUUAGAAAGAUUUGACUUCUUUGAUCGCACUGAUUGGCCCAGCCAUCACUACCAUUGAUGAAAUGAGGGGAGCUUGGAACAACAUCGCUGCGGAACUCGGAGCAGUCAAGGAUGCUGUAGCCGAGAACUCUGAAGAAACCGAUUUGCCAGAAUUGCAGCAAAUCUCACAGGAUGCUAUCCUCGGCGCAUGGAAUGACCUUAAGGUUGAGGGUACGUCUUGAACACCUCUAUUCCUCCCCUCCUACCAUGUGUUUUCUUUUUUACAACAGCUGACCAACUUUUCAAUAUAGUGAACAACUUCCGCGAGGCCGCGUACAUUAGCGAACCCGAUCAAGUCAGUCUUGAUGAGUAUUCCAGACAGCUACAGGCUUCAAUUGAUGGUGCUGGAAAGUAGGAUAUGUGGAGAUUGUAGCGAAAUGUCUAUCUUCUGGGGAUGUCUAUCUUCUGGGUACUCGUUUCGUAACACUCGAUGCCCCUGGUGUUACAAUGACGUGACCUUGUAACACGUCAUUAAAGAUUGGAAAUUCAUUUAACUUCUAUAUCUUCCCUUAGCUUUAAAUAUCAUUCAUUUACUUUAUAGAUAUACU